AUGGCCAAGUUUACACCAGACGAGGUGGCAGCGCUGCAGCAGGGAGCCAACCAGGUGAGAGCUGGUAACCUGGUGACCAGUCGAGGGAAGCUGCAAAGCAUUGCAGUGUACUCUCUCCUGUGCUUCUUCCAUCUUUGCACCCGCGCGUCCUCUUACUCCCUCCCCUUCUCCCCCUUCUUCUUCUCCCCCCCUUUUCCUUUCUUGCAGCGGGCACGAGAGUACUUUCUCCCAGGGGGCGGCCGAGCCCCUCCCAACAGCAACGAUCCCCAGUCUGUGAGGGAGUUCAUUCGAGCUGUCUUCUUGGAGAGGCUAUAUGUCGGGCGGAACUCACGAGAGGUAUGUGGUGAUGAUACUGGCAAUGGUGAACAUGACCCACGACGAGAGGUAUGUGAUGUGGUGAUGUUGCUCGUGGUGAUGGUGAUGGGUAUAGUGGUGAUGGUGAUGUUGCUCGUGGUGAUGGUGAUGGGUAUAGUGGUGAUGGUGAUGGGUAUAGUGGUGAUGGUGAUGGGUAUAGUGGUGAUGGUGAUGGGUAUAGUGGUGAUGGUGAUGGGUAUAGUGGUGAUGGUGAUGGGUAUUGGUGAUGGUGAUGGUGAUGGGUAUAGUGGUGAUGGUGAUGGGUAUAGUGAGCUCUCCCUCGGGUCGAACUCAUUCUAUGGAUGGCUCUCCCUCCGCCUGCUUCCCCCAGCCCUCCGACCUCCAACGCAGCAGCAGCGCCCGCACCUCUCUCUCCCUUUGCCUGCACAUCUUGUCUUCUCCCUUCUCUCACCCUCACCGUUUUACACCCCUCCCUCCCCCAUUUGUUUCCUUUCAGAGCUCUCCCUCGGGUCGAACCCACUCCAUGGACGGCUCUCCCUCUGCCUCCUUCCCCCAGCCCUCCGACCUCCAACGCAGCAGCAGCGCCCGGGCCUCUCUCUCCUUCUCCCCCACUCUCCCUCCUUCCCACAACCACAAGCAGCCGCAGCAGCAGCCACAGCAGCAGCAGCAGCAGCAGCAGAAGGCUCUACCACCACGCAAAUCCCCUUCUCUUUCUGCCAACAGCAACACCAGCGCCAGCACCAGCACUGGUGCGAGAUUCCCUGGCAGCAGCAGCACGAGUAG